AUGAUUUUGAUGGGAAGUGUGGUCAUUCCAUCUAUUAAGAAGUACGGUCUAUGGAAUGGAAUGAUGAGUUUUAUCACGUCGGACUCGCGAGAUCAACCACCCUUAACAAUGAUUCGUCCACUUCACGACCGAGAAUUAAUUCCUCAAUUACAUCCAAUUCCUUCUUUGCAUGGACCAUUGGACGUGGUUGUAGAUAACAGCACCGAUAUCAACAACAGCACUGACAAUAAUCCUUAUGCAUCUUAUUUUCUUGCCAUCAACGCCUCAAAGAGUUGUGAAUUUUCCUCUGUUCCCUCUAAUCUUAGUUGUUUCUACCUUAAUUGGAAUGGCUCGGGAUGUGAUGCCGACAAUAGAUAUUUGCAAAUGGUUGAAUGUACGGCUCUCCAUGAUGCGCAACCAGUGUUUUAUAUUUUUGCCGUGGUGUUGAUUCUCGUAUGCUUUUAUUUGUUGGGAGACACAGCAGAGACUUAUUUUUCUCCGGCACUUAUCAAGAUAUCUCAGUACUUGCGAAUGUCACCCAAUCUUGCCGGAAUUACCUUACUUGCAUUGGGAAAUGGAGCUCCUGAUUUGAGUAGCAUUAUUGUGGGCAUGUUUAAUGGAAAUGUGGAUUUUGGUGUUGGUGAACCUAUUGGUGCUGGCAUGUUUGUCACAAGUGUGGUGAUGGGAUCUGUUGCCUUAUUUUCUAAUGUGAGAGGAAUUGCCAGACGGCCCUUCCUUAGAGACGCUAUUUUUUAUCUUGUGAGCGUGUCGUAUACAUUCUAUCUGUAUAUUGACGGUCGAGUAUAUAUAUGGGAGGCAAUUUUAUGUUUAAUCAUUUAUGUUGCCUAUGUGACCACGGUGAUAGUUGGACGUAUCAUUUACAAGAGACUGAAAAAACGAAAAGAAGCAAAACAACAAAAAGAGCUCACAAGGACCAAAGGUGUCAAGUUAGAACUCAAGGAUUCUCUCAUACCCAAUAGGAGGGAUCCUGAAGAAUAUCAAGACGCUUCAAUGACGUCUCCUCAAGAAAAUAAUGGUAGCGAGAACGCAGGAGCAACGCCUUCAACACCUUCAGAAGCAAUCACCACACCCGAUUCAACCUUUGGUCCAGUUGUAGAAGAAGAGGGCGAGUCUGAUGAAGAGGAAUAUGUUGGAUGGACAAAAACGAUUGCAAGAGAUGCGCAGUUCAAAGAAAUUACAAGAGCAGAAGGCAACAAAAUUCAAAGUCGUUUCUUUGUUCCCAAAAUUGGUAUUGUUGAUUUCAAGAAGAAAGACGCUGAAAAACAAUCGCAAAACAAUUAUGUCAUUACCGAUUACUUCCACAAAGACAAUGAAGAACACACGUCAUCACAGUACUACAAGGUGCAAGAUCAGACUGAGGCCGUUCCUACCGAAGAAAUUGCUCAGGAAGAUCAAGACCAGGAGCCAGAAGAAACAAAAUUCAAACGAUAUGUCAAUAAGUUUGUAGAAAGCAUUGAAUGGAAUGAUAAGAAAUGGUAUCACAAAAUAUGGUUCAUAUUCGUUGAGUGGUACUGGAUUUUGUUGAGAAAUAUCACAAUUCCAAAGAGCGAAGAGACAGAUUGGAAUAAGUGGUUUGCAAUGUGUAUUCCUAUUUUCUCACCCCUUGUACUAUUGGUUUGUGCAGGCUAUGACAAAUUCAUUUAUUUAAUCAAUGACGCAUUUCCUGUGGCUGUUUUACUCGUCAUGAUAGGCUCUAUUUUGUCCAUUGUAAUUUUCUUCACUUCACGAAGGAAAAAGCCUCCCAAGUACAUGCCACUGUUUGUGGUGUAUGCAUUUGUGUUGUGCACAGCUUGGAUUUACCUGGUUGCCAACGAACUUUUGUUAGUGCUGGAGGCCCUUGGAACGGUAAUUGGAAUUCCAACCUCUGUUCUAGCAAUUACUGUCCUAAGUUGGGGAAAUAGUUUGUCUGACAUGAUUGCAGAUGUUGUAGUUUCGAGACAAGGUUAUCCAUCCAUGGCUCUUGGUGCAGUAUUCGGUGGACCAAUGUUGAAUCUCUUAAUUGGAUUAUUUGUGGCAUUAACAUUUGCCCCUGCUCAACUUACCAAACUAUGUUUUAGUUUGGAUUCAGAUCCUACGGUGAACUUGAGUUUCAUUUUCCUUAUUGUGUCAUUGCUUUCCUCCAUCAUUGUCAUUCCAAUUCUCAAGUUUAGAGCUCCAAAAGCUUUCGGUGUCUAUAUGUAUUGCUUGUACGUUGUGUAUUUGGUCAUGGCCUUAUUAUCUGCUUUAUUCCCACCCGUUCAAAAAGCAUUUACUUGGAGAGGAGACGACCUGUGUUAA